AUGGACAAGCACAGGGACACUCCACAAGCGGCACCUCGGCCUCGAAUGGUGCGCAACUACUCUUGGGGUUCAGCAAGCUCAGCCUCGGACAGCGCUUCCACCUCCGCAUCCGCAUCAAGCUCCCAGGCCCGCGAUAGCAGCGUCAGGCGUCCCACACAGCCCCUUGCACAUGACCGAAUGAGACCACAAAGGCAUGCCGCGGCGGACGCCGGUCAGGCGCUCAAGAGACUAGCAUGUCUCGAGAACACACCUUCUCCUGCGCGCCUAGCUCUUAAAGGGUUUGUAGACUCUCGAUCCAGCCUGGCCGCCGGUAGGAACAGAGAUGCAGCACCGAGAAGGAUCGUCUCGCAGCCACAGGGAAGGCGUGAAGCAGCGUCGGAUCGCAAGUCUGCACAAGGAAACAGGAAAGCGAGCGCGCCGGUGCUUGCUCGACCCGUUGCACCUGCUUCAGAUCUCAGCAGCACAGCUUCCGGAUCUUCUACGCCCACUGAAAGAGGGGCAAACGAAGUGCACGAGGCGACGAAGAAGUUGUCCAGAUUAAACGUAUCCUCUACAAAGCUGCAAAGACCCAUGCUCAGCUCUGACCUCUCUUCCCCGCCUCCCUCUCCGCGGGUGGCGAGAGGUCGGAAAGCGGUGGGGCUUGGAGAGCAGCAAGGCUCUCCAUUGGAUGCCCUGAUGCGUCUGUGCGAUCAAUGCGCCCCGGUGGCUUUCACAAAGCUUCUCGAGCAGCUUGCAAGCCAGGUGAUCGCUUCCAAAGAGCAAAGCAAUACGAACGCAUCUCAUCGUUCCAGAUUCGCUGCUUCUUCAUCCUCCGCUGCCUCUGCUAGUGGAUGGAAAAAGGUAGGCGAGGCGAGCUACUCGGAAGUGUUUGGCAUCGGCGAGAUCGUUAUCAAGGUCAUACCGCUAUGCUCGGAAACGAGGGAAGAGGAGCAAGAGGAGCGAGAGUGGCCAGAAGAGAGCAAGGCGGAGGAUGUGUCUAGAGAAGUUGCCAUCAUGCAGGCUUGUGGUCGCGGCUUCAUCAGAUUGUUGAGGUGAGAAGCGCGCGCUCUCUAUCCUCAAGGCUCGCACAAAAUAGAGCGAGCUGACCCAUAUCAUCUUGGGUCCUGCGCUUGUUUGCAGCUCUCACGUCGUUUGCGGAGUCUACCCACCAAUGCUGAUGCGCGCCUGGGAUGCGUAUGAUAAGCGCAAAGCGGGAGGUAGCGAAAACGUCCGGCCGGCAUGUCUUCCUUCUUCGCAGCGAUACGCCGUGCUUGUGCUGGAGCAUGGAGGAGUGGAUGUGGAAUCGGUCAAGCUCAAAGGAUGGAUUCAAGCAGCUGCAGUAUUUUGGCAGAUCGCGCAGAGCUUGGCGAGUGCUGAGAAGGAGCUGCGUUUUGAACAUCGCGAUCUGCAUUGGGGCAAUGUUCUCGUAAGGAUUGAAGAGGCUGCGAUGAACAGACAGGUGGGGAAGGGUCAUGUGUCCAGACCUCUUUUGACCACUUCUCCAAGCAAGGCCCUCGUCUCUUCUCCGCUCAAACGAGCUCAGCUUCACAAAGCAAAGAUGAGCAGCUAUUCAACAAGCAAAUCCAGAAGAGCGACAACGACGGUGCAGAACGCGAAUCUACCACCGCAGAUGGGCGUCGUUGAGAGGCUCUUGCAACCGGCAACUUCGGGCGCUACUGCUCGUCUGAUCGAUCUCUCCCUCAGCCGAGCGACGCUCGCCUCUGGAACCAUCUACUGCGCAUUCGAAGACGAGACGAUCUUCGAAGGAGGAGGGGAUGAACAGUUCGAUAUCUAUAGAUCCAUGAGGGCUUUCAUUCAUCGAGCGAAUGGAGCAGAAAAGGCAAAGGGAAGAGGAGAGAAAGCCAGAAGCCAGGCCUGGGAAGCUUUUCACCCAGAGACCAACCUGAUGUGGUGCGCUUAUAUGAUUCACAAAUUGCUCAAGCAUAAAGGACUACGAAGCCCCGGUUUCAACUUUGGUCCUAAUCCUUUUGCGGCCGCCGCCGUUGCUGUUACCAGCAAUUCCAGUUCCAGUGUUGGUUCGAAAGGAGCCAAAGGAGCCGCUAGACAGGUCGGUGUACAGGACAAGGAGCAGGAAAUCGACGAGGCGCUAGUAGAGGCCGCUCAUGCUAGUCUGCUCAGAGCGGAGAACAAGAUCAGAGCUUCGCUCGCGAUGAUUGGUGCGGAGAUGCAGCUCUGUACUUGCGCAUCCAGCAGCUCGACGGUUUCAAAGACUUCGGAAGGGGACGUUAUAAGGAGCGCAGGAGACUUGAUGCGCUGGGCUGCAGGUUGA